CCCAAGGCGAGUAAGGCUGUGUUCUGCCCCCGUUUCGGCAAUUCGUAUUUAGCUUAGUUGGCUGUUGGCCCUUGUCACUGAACCGUCCGUCAUUAUGGCGCUGCCGCCCAUCGCGAAGGCCACUCUACAAGCUGCGCUGAUUAAUGCCGGGUCGAACGUCCUGGCGCAGAGCAUUCAGUCAUAUAGAAACGAGAAACCGUUCGAACUGGAUCUGCAAACACUGUUUCAAUUCACAACAUGUGCCUUUGUGAUGUCCCCCAUGACCUUCCUGUGGUUGGAGGGUCUGGAAUCGGUCCUUCCAGGCCAUCCUAACGAGUCGGAGGCCGCCGUCACCAAGUCAAAGACCGAAAAGGCGGACCAGCCCAAACAAAAGAAGUUAAAUGUCAAGAACACGGUGGCAAAGAUCGUGAUCGACCAGGUCGUCGGUGGCGCCUGGGCUACCGUGCUUUUCAGUUUGACCAUGGGCCUGCUGCGCGGGCAGGAAUAUGAUGUCCUGAUGGCCCAGAUUCGCAAUGAUUUCUGGCCCCUCCUGAUCGCGGGAUUCAAGCUAUGGCCAUUGGUCUCCAUUCUGAAUUUUACUGUGGUCCCAGCAGAGAAGCGACUGUUGGUUGGGAGUGUCUUCGGGGUCGUCUGGGCUGUUUACUUGAGCUUGAUGUCGGGGUAACUGGGCGGCGGCGCUGGGGCGUUUUGCCGUGGGAUCCGACGCAUUGUGUGCCGGAUCCGAAUAUACUAGUAGGCGAAGUGGUAUCUACUUUUUGGGAAAUGGCUGGGAUGACCAGAUAAUAAAUGUGUUGGUGGAACCCAUCUGCGACUAAAGAAUUGGGGCAGGAAAGACGUAAUAGUGUGA